CCCCGGCCCUGCUCUGACAGAGCCGCAGCGCUGCGCCCCCUCCCCGCGCCGCUCCCGCCCGCGGACACGCACCCCCGGCUCUCCCAGCUAUAUCCUAGACAGGCUUCAGCUUCUUGCAGCUCCUUGUGCUUGCCACACUGCAGAAGGGAACAUUGCAGCUGCAGAGUGCUUCCAGGGUCCCUGGCUCUUGGAGAUUUGAGCUUUUGAGCAGAUUUCUUAGUGAAGAUGAAUUUAGCAGAGAUUUGUGAUAAUGCCAAAAAAGGAAGAGAAUAUGCACUCCUUGGGAAUUAUGACUCUUCUAUGGUAUAUUACCAGGGUGUCAUCCAGCAAAUCCAGAGACAUUGCCAGUCAAUCAGAGAUCCAGCAAUUAAGGGCAAAUGGCAACAGGUCCGACAAGAAUUAGUUGAAGAAUAUGAACAAGUUAAGAGCAUUGUCAACACUUUAGAGAGUUUUAAAAUGGACAGACCUCCAGAUAUCUCUGUAUCCUGUCAAGAUGAGCCUUUCAGAGAUCCAGCUGUUUGGCCUCCUCCUGUUCCAGCUGAACACAGGGCUCCACCUCAGAUAAAACGUCCCAACCGAGAUGGCAAAUCUUUGAAGAAAGACUCCCCAGGGCUGCAGCCGCGCGGGCCCGCGGGCAGAGCACACCUGGUGUCCAAGGGGGAGAAAUCUUCAGGCAGCCGUGAAAGGGAAUCCAGAGCCAGGGCAAGGGAUGACAAGGGAAAGAAAAUACCCCAGGAAUUUGGUGAUGGGGAUAUUCCAAAAUUUGAUGGAGCAGGUUACGACAAAGACCUGAUCGAAGCUCUUGAAAGAGACAUUGUGUCAAGGAAUCCAAGCAUUCAUUGGGAUGACAUAGCAGAUUUGGAAGAAGCCAAGAAAUUAUUAAGAGAAGCUGUUGUUCUUCCAAUGUGGAUGCCUGAUUUUUUCAAAGGGAUCAGAAGACCUUGGAAGGGUGUGCUGAUGGUUGGUCCUCCUGGCACUGGUAAAACAAUGCUAGCAAAAGCUGUUGCUACAGAGUGUGGGACAACAUUCUUCAACGUGUCCUCCUCUACACUGACGUCUAAGUACAGAGGCGAGUCUGAGAAGCUGGUCCGCCUCUUGUUUGAAAUGGCACGGUUUUAUGCGCCAACAACGAUCUUCAUUGACGAGAUAGAUUCCAUCUGCAGCCGCAGAGGCACGUCUGACGAGCACGAGGCCAGUCGCAGAGUCAAGUCAGAGCUGCUUGUGCAAAUGGAUGGGGUAGGUGGUGCUCUGGAAAACGAUGACCCUUCCAAGAUGGUUAUGGUAUUAUCUGCUACAAAUUUUCCCUGGGACAUUGACGAAGCUCUCCGACGAAGACUGGAAAAGAGGAUUUAUAUACCUUUGCCCACAGCAAAGGGCAGAGCAGAACUACUGAAGAUUAAUCUUCGGGAAGUAGAACUAGAUCCUGAUAUCAGCCUUGAAGAAAUUGCAGAGAAGAUUGAAGGCUAUUCUGGUGCUGACAUCACUAAUGUUUGCAGGGAUGCAUCUUUAAUGGCAAUGAGAAGACGUAUUAAUGGCUUAACUCCAGAAGAGAUUCGUGCACUUUCUAAAGAAGAGCUUCAGAUGCCGGUUACCAAGGGGGACUUUGAGCUGGCUCUGAAGAAAAUCUCCAAAUCUGUUUCUGCUGCAGACCUGGAGAAGUAUGAAAAAUGGAUGGCGGAGUUUGGAUCUGCUUAAUCUCAGUGACAGCUUUCCUUUGCUGGAGUUUUAUGGUUUUUGUUGUUCUCACUUUCAAAAUGAGUUAGAAAUAUUUUUAAAGGUUUAAUAAAAGGUCUGCCUCUGCCCUCA